ACCCUUUUACAUACUGCACUGACUCUGAUUACACACGUCGUUUUUUAAUCCUCAUUCAGUGAGGUGUUAUAAAUAUAUAUAAUGUAAAUAUGUAUAUAAAUAAUAUCUGAGGUUUUCAGUAAACAUUAGGCGAUGCGUUGUGUCCCGUUAGUGUGUGUAGAGCUUUAUUCUCGCCGCCACUUUAUUCCGCUGUCAGCCCCGCUCCACACUUCCUGGAUAUUUAUAAAAUAAAACCCUGAAGAUGAGUGAGUCCGAUAGCGCACACUCCGAGGCUACCGCUGGUAAAGAAGGACAGAUGUCCUUGUCCGGGGGCAAAAGCAGGAGUGGAAAUAGCUCCCCUCCGGAGGGAGACGCCGUGUUUGACAUGGACGACUUGGAGGAGGAGGAGGAGAGCGACGCGCUGGACACAGCCGAGCCGAGAGACAGCGCUCCGAGCCCGGCGGAGACCUGCGACGAGAGCGCGCCCAAGCGCUGCAUUUAUGACGGCUGCUCGGAGACCAGCGCUCUGGGGGCCAAGCAGAGGAAACCGUGGAUGUGUAAAAAACACCGCAACAAAAUGUAUAAGGACAAGUAUAAGAAGAAGAAAAGCGACCAGGCCAUGGCGUCUGGGAAAUUAGAAGAGGGCUCAGAGGAGAGGCCUGUGUCAGUGACAAAGCAGCGGCUUGGUGCUAUCGGAGAGCGACCAACAAGGCCUUCACUCAUAGAGCAAGUGUUAAACCAAAAGAGGCUGUCUCUCUUGCGGAGUCCAGAGGUCAUCAGUUUUCUCCAGCAGCAGCAGCGUCUCCUCACCAUGCAGACACAAACUCAAAGACAUGACCAGCAAAGCUACUGAGCACUGCAUCUGCUAACCUUUUACAGUACUGAGGAUUUUACACACCUUAAAAGUACUUUAGGAGGUUACUAUUAUGCCUGAAGGACAUGUUGUGCAGAUGUUACACUGCAACACCCUUAGUCUCCACUGUGAUGUGACAUUACACAAAAUGAGCUCUCAUGAUCAUUUUAGUAGCAGUUCCACUGUAUAUGAAAAUAUUUUUUAACUACCAUUUUUUAUCACAUGCUAUUAUGCAUCAUGAUGUGUUUGUCGUUUAAAACAAUUAUGCGAAAGCAGCAACAUAUCACUAACACUAGUGACUCUGCUCAUAGAAAUGCAACUGUUUUACCUACCUAAGUAUUGCAAUAUCAUUGUGAAUGUAAAGGAGUGUAUAUGCAUCUUUAUUGUAUGUAACUAGAUAGGAAUCACAUUUUCUUAUACAAGUACAAAAACUACUGGAAAACCAUGGUAUGGUAGCUUGGUGGUAGGGUUCUUGCCUGCCAUGCGGAAGGCCUGGGUUUAAUUCCUACCCAAAGCCCAAACCCCAGCCACUGAAUGUAGUGUCGUCCCAAACCCGGAUAAAAUGGAAAAGUUGCAUCACGAAGGGCAGCCGGCGUAAAACAUGUUUCAAGUUGUAGAAAGACCAACAACUAAAUCUAUUGGACAACCCACCUGAGAUAUUAGGAUUCUUAAUCUCAAAUACAUUUGAAUAAUAAUCUCAGUCUUUUCAUGUUGAUUUAAAAAAAAAUUUGUGUUUGCAAUAGGUUUGUAUUAUUUGUAAUAUUCUUUAAUGUGCAACCAAAUGACCACACAACUGAGAGGGAAAUUCUGUAUUUGGAAGAAAAAAAAUAGGAAAAAACAAGCAUGUCAUAGAAUUCAAAAUUUUGCCAUGUUGUGAACACAAAACAAACAUCAAGCUAACAUUGCUACUACUGAUGCAUUGCUUUUCCUGUUUUCUUAAUCUUCCAUCAAUGUGUUACUUUCUGGACUGUACAGAAUCAGAUUAUACCACAGUGAACAUGAUUAAAAUCACAGAAUAAACAGAAACAGUUGUAAUACUUA